UAACACAUCAAGGAAGUGACCGAUAUAGCAUUUCGCACUUAGAGGUUGUUUUCAUUUAUUUGAGCUACCAGACAGAAAACCACCUGUACGUCACUAACUUCAACAUGUCUUCAGACUUUGAAUCCUACGAGCAGGACUUUGGGACCCUUACAGCAGAAAUAACCAACAAAAUUGGAAAAAUUCCCAAAUUAGGUGGAGAGGAGAAGACACAGCUGGUUCUUAAUGUCGACAAACAGCUUGAAGAAGUCAGAGAGUUGCUGGAGCAGAUGGACCUGGAGGUACGAGAGAUCCCCAUCCAGAGCAGAGGCAUGUACAACAGCAGAUUAAAAAGCUACAAGCAGGAGAUGGAGAAGCUGGAGAAAGACUUUAAAAGGUCACGUAUUGCCUACAGUGAUGAGGUGCGGAACGAGCUCCUGGGGGAGGACCCGGGCUCCUCAGAGAGUCAGUUGAUAAAGUUACGUGAAGAGAGAGCACAUCUGUUGGACAACACAGAGAAGCUAGAAAGGUCAUCCCGGAGGCUGGAAGCUGGCUACCAGAUAGCUGUGGAAACCGAACAAGUGGGCCAAGAGAUCCUGGCUAACUUAAAUACUGACCGUGAAAAGAUUCAGAGAGCCAGAGAGAGGCUGAGGGAGACAGAUGCCAACCUAGGCAAGAGUUCCCGUAUCCUGACAGGCAUGCUGAGAAGGUAAGAGGCCAGGAUCAUCCAGAACCGUAUCCUGGUCUUCAUCCUUGGUGCCAUCAUCCUCCUCACCAUCAUUCUGGCCAUCUAUUUCAAUCUGCGAGGCCACUGAUCUCAAAACACUCACACACACCCUCACACACUCAUACACACCUUCACACAAACACUUGUGAUUAAUAGCGACAAAAAGCGUUGCUCCAGCGUAAUUAGGACAAAUGGCUACCAUGAAUCACUCUUUCCAGGGCCUGACAGGGCUCUUUCUCUCUCUCUUCUUUCUUUCUUUCUUUUUGCUUCUUUCUCUUCUUUCUUUUUUCUCCACUCAUUUUCCCUCUCUUACUCUCUUGCUCCUUUGUUUUGUCUCUCCAUCUUCUUUCUUUUCUACUUUUAAAGGAGGCACGUGGGGCAUACUGACCCUUAGUUUUAUUUUGUAUAUACAUAUUUUUAUGAAAGUUGAAACGAUUCACCAUUGUCAUUCAAUGUUCCAUGGGGUCAGACUGUCCCGGGUUAGAAGACCUAUGGGAAUGCAGAACGUAUAGCUGUUGUUUAUUUGGUACAUCCAAAUCUGAUGUAAUAUCUGUGCAGUCAUGUGUGUAUAAAAAACGUGCUUGCUUAGAACAUGUAUAUGUGUGUGUGUUGCAUUGUCUGAAAGCGUGUGCGGAAAACAUUCUCUAUCAACUUUUUUUGCAUCUAUGUAGGCGACAUCUGUUUACUUUCCAUAGAUGGCCUAUAGACACGGGAACCUAUAUUAUGUUAUAAUUCAGACUCAAGCUCCAGGCAUGAAGCACAUUGCUACCAACUUUAUAAAACCAAGCCACCCAUGUUUUACAGCACAAAGGACAGUGCCUUGAUACAAAAGGAGAAUGAGUUGGCAGUCAGUAAUUUUUUUAUUCUUUUUCUACUUAACUAAAGUGAUUUAAGUUUUCAUCCUCCAUGUAUAUGAUAUAAACAUAAUUGAUCGGUAAGAACUAGCUGUUGCAAUCCUAAUCAUCACAUCUUUUCUCGGGUUGCAGACAUAUGAUGACUUUUGUCUUUUUCUUUUUUUUACAUCAAAUUAUUGACGUCAAGAGUAUACAAAUAACAAAAUAACAAAUAACUCACAUAGAUUUAAAGCAAAGUACAUGAGGUUUACUUCAAGUUGAGUUACUAAAACUACAACCCUCCUGAGAUGUUAUGUUUUUUUAAAAGCCCCAACCCUUUGCCCCCUUUGCUCCACUGUCCACACAAUGAAUGGGAUUUCAAUAUUCUCCAAUUCCCUGUCUUCUGAAAUAGAUUCUCAAUUCAUUGUUAGCAAUAUACUGUACUAACUGGCAAAUCAGCAUAUGAUGUGUUUUCUUUACACAUUAUUGUUAAUUUGGUUACUAUUUAUUUAUGUACAUGUUUGAGAAAUUAUUGCUUUUUUAUUUUUAUUAGAGAGUCUGUGAUAGUGGUGUAUAUUUAGAGAGAAUUGUGGGUAUUCUAAACUUAACUGAAUGCAGACCAGUUAUAUUUUGUCUUGGAGAUCAUUGGAUACAUAAUUUGUACCAGGACCAUGUUUUUUAUCAACAUAGAACUGUUCUGUUUUUCAGUCAUAGUAUUGGUAUUUAUUUGGAGUUUGGAUUUGUAAAAUACUGAAAGACUUAACGUUGACAUGUUGCAUGUGUGUUUUAAACGUUUAAUUCUUAUUUUAAGUUCUUUAUUAAAAUGGGGAGAAAGCAAUUCUAGGUGAUUAUGGUGCAGAGUUCCCUUCAACUCAGUACAUAAGAGAGCACACACAUAACACACAUACAUUCUCAGCUACACUUUUCAUCUCCCCUUAGCCCCAUCCACAUAGACACAUACAUGCCCACAUAGAGGAACAUCAUGUUAUCUGUCCUCCAACUCCUGGCCCAAGUCUGGCCCAGACAACCUCUUUCUCAUCUCCCUCUGUCCGUUUGUCGGUCUACACAGCAGCAGGACGAUUAGCUAUUCCGUGUCAGAGCUGGGUGGGAUCAUCUUAUUUUGGAGGCUCAGGGUCCCUGCGGGAGGGCCCUCCGCUCCACGGCCAGUCGGCAGAACCACCAGCAGCACAGCGCACCGCUUCAAAGACCCGAAUUAAUAGGCAGCAAAAUAGUGUGCCACGACUUUACUAUGUGGGGGGCUCAUCAUUAAGUUGGGGUGUAAUGAAUGAGAGGGUGAGAGAAAGAGACAUCAUCUUGGAAAAGGAAGGAGUAAAGUAAAUUACCUGACAGUUCAACAAAUUUCAUCUUAUAAUGACACCUGCGAUUGGUUUUCAACCAUAUGCUGUUACCCGAGUUUGCAUGUGCGAAUGUACGUGCACGGAAUUGUGGGAGCUUCUAGCAUAGAUAGGCAGGAUGUUGGUACGUAGUUUGGCGUGCAUGCGCUCGCUUGUUGGCUUAAAUAUCUUUGUGUGGGAGUGCGUAUUACAGUAUCUACCUGUGUACUGGUAUGUGUGUACCUACCCCCUUCCCCCCCCCCUUCACCAGCACCAUCCUUCUAUCCGUCUCACUCUCCUUCUUUCUUCCUCUCUCUAUCUCUCUCUCUCUCUAUACCUGCUUUUCCUCCACUCACUCUCCCCCUUCCUCCUUUUCUCUCAAUUUCUCCUGCUCCCCCCACUCCCAGCCUGUCAGAUGAGCCAAGUUGCAGCGCCGGUGGAAGGCAGCGUGGCUGCGCCUCUAUUUGAAGUUGUAAUGGUGUCAAAAAGUCAGGGUUGACUGACAGCCGUCAGUCCCACAGGGCCUCAUUAAACCAGACCCACUUGACAAGGAAAUAAUUGAGCAUCGGCGACAACUCGGGGAGCCCGUUUUUAGAUGUAUUUAUUUUCUUUCAUUAUUAGUGCUGGCUAUUAUGUUCAUUAAGAAAUGGCAUUAAACAACUUUCUUUCUUUCUUUUUUUUAUAGAAGAGGGAGGAGGGUAUGUGGGAGGGAGGUGGGGGGAAGGAAAUAACGAUUUGUUUAGAGACUCCUUUUUUAUUAUUUAAACAGGAGGCCCUGUCAUGUGAUACCUUGGCAGACGCAGAGGAUCAUCUGCCAGCUCUCUCUUUCUCUCUCUCUCUAUGUCUCUCCAUCUUUUGGUUUUUCAACGUAUCCCUUUCUUUUCUUCUGCCUCUUCUCUCCCCCUCCACACUCCUAUCCGCACUUUUCUCUCCUUCUUUCCCCCCUCCCUUGGAGCAGCGGGUGCCUUUGGAAUAUGAAAUAGAUUAUUCAUUACCCCCUCCUCUCUUUGUGACUGAUUUGGUUUUCGAUGAGCAUCUUGCCGCAGAAAGAGAAAGAUGAAACUUGUCAAAAAUAGGUUAUAUCUUAUUCCAAGGGGCAACAAUAGUAGCAGGUACAGACACUUUUUAAUAUUUAAUUAAGCUGGAUGUUAACCCUAAUUAGGUGAAAGUGCAUGCUUCACAUAGAAAAAAAUAAAACAUGGGGGAUGGUAGGAACAAGCAGGAGGGGGUAAUCUCAUUCAAUGUCUUAAACAGAUUUCAAAGCUUUCACUAUUUCCCAUUUACUAGAAAGUAAGUUAGUCUUUGGGGGUCCCUUUCCACUGUCGUAUGAUCAUUGACAGUGUGAGGUGUCCUAUCCAGGGUUAAAGCUCUUUCAAGAGCUAUAUCUAUAGCUAUAUCCCACGGUGGUUUGGAAUGUGUAUAUCGCUGAAUGUGUUUGUCACUUAAACAAUCCUGUAUGUUUACAAUACAGAUCAUAUCUUUGCAACCUCAGCAGAGAUGACAUCACACUGUAGUAUUUAACACACUUAGUGAAAGGCUUUCUGGUGAUAGCGUCCUAGACACUUCUAACACCAGAAAGAGGGACAAAUCCCUGACUAUCCCAGAUGGAAGGGGGAGAAAACGCCUUUCAGCACAAAGUCCGGGAGUUUGUCAGACGUUUAGGUGAACAGGGAUUGUGACAGGCGCAGUAGGGAUGUCUCUCCAUCUGAAAAGGUGUCUCUAAAGCGGGAUAAACAAUUCUGUCUGGGAGAUCUCGAUGGGAGGCAUCUGUUUCAUCUCAGAGAGAGUCAGGCCACCUUGCUUGGCCCUCGGGUCCCGCCUCUGGAGGCCCACAGUGAACUAGCUAGGGGAGUCAUCCACAAUGACACUGUUUGACUAAAGGGAUGAAUCUGCAUCUCUGUUUGACCAUGCACAUGCGCGCCCACACACACACAUAUCCAUCACAACUGUCACACAUGUGCAAUCCCCCCCCCCCCUGUCACCCUCUACUCAUUAGCUUGUUCUCUGUUUUUACAUGCCACCAGUCCAAGUAGAAUGGAUUUCUUUCUCUUCCUUUCUUGUCUUCUCUAGAUACCAUCAACGCUGUUGUUUGUUUUAACUGAGUUUGGGCUUACAAAGACAUUACAAUGUUUCCAUUAUCUGUGCGUGUCACAAAGCUAAAGCUGUGUGUGUGCGUGCGCUUGUGUUUGUGUGCUUGCGUGUGUGUGUGUGUGCGUGCGUGUGUAGUGAAGUGAUUGAGCUGAGAUGGUCAGUGCAAUGAAGGGCACUCCUGUUCAAAUAUAUGUGUGAAUAAUAUGUGUAUCGGUGUGUCCACCCCUGCUGCACGUUCUAGGUUUAAUGAUCAGAAAAUUAUGUGCUCCAUAGUUGCAACAAACACACUAUGCUGCAUCCACAACUUUUUGGUAGAGCAGUUUGGUAAAUUUGUAAUCUGUCAACAUGUAGAAUGCUUAUGUGUGGUUAACAUAGUCAUUAAAGCAGUAUUGCAUUUCAACAA